UCCUACAAUUGAACCAUGUUACUUCCAGUGAAUGUGACGUUUUCACAAUUUGACAGAAGUCUACGCUCUAUGGUAACAUAAAUCUUCCGAAUAAAAUAGACGUGAGAACAGUGUUUACAAAACAAAAUGCAAUCGUCAGUAAAAAAUACUUAUUUAUCACCGCAAAAUACUAAAAAUCCUCGGCACUUUCCAUCAAUAUCGCAACCGAAAAUAGUGGGCUCCUUCAGUUUGAACGAAAACCGCGAAUAUUUUCCCGACGCUCGGAAUUGCAAAUAUGUUUACAGGAAUUAUAAUCAAUCGAAUGGAAUUUAUUAUGAUUUGAAUGAAGGAAUCGAAAAUGUGAUUCGCAAGCCAGAAUCGUGCACUGAUGAAAAAGUCACCCAUCUCUUGGAAUUCAUAUUGCGCAACAGGCAACAAUUAAGACAAGAAACAACACGAGAUGAUGGGAAUAAGAUUUUAUCGGCAGACUUUGUAUGCUUUCGGGGAUUGUUACGUUUGAUUAUGUGUACGCCGUAUGAACGAAGAGAUGCGUGGAUAAUUUUAGCAACAAAAUACAAAGGUACCAUUUAUUUAUGCGCUCGCGACACUGAAAAACAAAUCCAAGAACGAAAUAAUCAAACUGAAGCCACUAAACGAAUUUUGUCAUACGGUUUCAAAUUUGAACAAUACAUUUUGACAGAUAAGCCAUCUGAAAAACCACCAACAAAUGUGGCUGUCAAUGAGGCCGAGGAGUUCUGCUGUAUGUUCUCUACAACAUUGAAUGGACAACGAAUUUUGUACGGCGCUGAAAUGGAUGGAAUCGAAAGCGAUGAUACGAACGAUUUGGACCACGUUGAUCUCAAUCAAUUUAAAUUUGUUGAAUUAAAGGUCAAGCUACGCGAACAAAAUCAUAGACAAAAGCAGAACUACCAUCGAUUCAAGCUACGUAACUGGUGGUGUCAAAGUUUUUUGGUCAAUAUCAAAAGGAUCAUCGUGGGAACGAGGACUUCUGAUGGAAUUGUAAAUGAACUGUCGACAGUUGAUGUGAGAGAUAUUCCGAAACAGUGCCAAAGUUAUUGGUCGCCUUCUCUGUGCAUGGAGUUUUGCAGUCAGUUCCUGAAAUAUGUGGCAAACGAGAUGAACGUAGUAAAUAGCCCGUAUGAUGUAUUCCGUUUUGAUUUUGAUCCCACAAAGUCUGAAUUCGUUUUCAUGGAAACGUAUAAAAAACAGAAUGAAUUCAGCUUCUUGCCAGAGUGGUACAUAAAAGAAAUGGAAUCAUUUGAAGCCGAAUGAUUCGUGGGCGAUAUCGAAAUUUUUAUCGCAUCUCCCUCACACGCAUACGCUCAUUCUCUUUAAACAAAAUAAUCAGCGUGGGUACUAGUAAUCACGUCCAAUGUUUAACGGAAGUAUUUUUUUUCCUAAAAGGCGAUAAAAUGUGAGAAAGAUGAAAUAACAAAAUAAACUCUCCCAGAAUCAAUCAUUUUCAUGAAACACA